CUGGGGAGAUCAGAUAUAGUGAAUGCAGGAUCCGGGGAGAUCAGAUAUAGUGAAUGCAGGGUCCGGGGAGACCAGAUAUAGUGAAUGAAGGGUCCGGGGAGACCACAUAUAGUGAAUGCAGGGUCCAGGGAGACCAGAUAUAGUGAAUGCAGGAUCCGGGGAGACCGGAUAUAGGGAAUGCAGGGUCCGGGGAGAUCAGAUAUAGUGAAUGCAGGGUCCGGGGAGACCAGAUAUAGUGAAUGCAGGGGUCCGGGGAGAUCAGAUAUAGUGAAUGCAGGGUCCGGGGAGAUCAGAUAUAGUGAAUGCAGGGUCCGGGGA